AGCUGAUGGCGUAUGCUGUUGUGCUUUGCCUUGAUGUGAGUGAGAGGGGUGGCUUUGUUUAGCUUUUUUUGUUCAAUUUACCUUUUUUUAUACUUUAACUAAAUUUUUAACUCUACAUUUUUAUUAUAUUAAAUGUCACACGAAAACAGUCCUCGCAACAACAACACACCUGCCGGCAUUUCAGCGAGCGCAAAUUCUGCGCCUCAGAGCUCGACACCGGCCAAGCCCAUUCAGAUUAAAGUGGUGCUUCUCGGCGAAGCAGCUGUUGGAAAGUCGAGCCUUGUUCUGCGCUUUGUCAACGACGAGUUCCAGGAGAACAAGGAACCUACCAUUGGAGCGGCGUUCCUCACUCAGAAGGUCAGACUCGACGACUCGGUGCUAAAGCUCGAUAUCUGGGACACGGCCGGACAGGAGAGAUUCCACUCGCUUGCGCCUAUGUACUACCGCAACGCACAGGCGGCUGUGGUGCUUGAUUUGGCUGGGGACGCAGGUGGUGCUUCCGCAACAAAGGCUACAACAGCAGAUGAGGCAGAGGCUUCAGAGGCCGAUGCCGAUGAGCAGGCAGAUACUGAGGGACGCAGCCGCCAGGUGGCCACGGCUACUGCUCGUGCGUAUGCGGAGGAGACAGGGCUGUUGUUUUUGGAGGCCAGUGCGAAGACGGGUGAGGGCGUGGUCGAGACCUUUACGGAGAUUGCAAAGAAGCUCGAUCUUAACCAGAUUGCCAACAAUAACCGUGCUGCGAGGUCUGGCCAGCUUAACUCAGGGAGCGUCAAUGUCAAUUUGAUGGGCGACGCUGCGUUUGGUACCGAUGGCUCCGAGGGCAGCGCGCGGGCGAAUGCUGAUAGCUGCACAUGCUAGUUAACUAAAGAGGGGAUGAAGUGUAUUUGCUCCAAGGCAAGAAGAAAAGACAUGGGCAUUUGUCAUUUUUUGUUUUUUCGGCUUUGAGCAUUUAUGUGUCUUUUUUUGUAUUUCAACCAAGUGUUUUACUCUGACAACUCGAUAGUAAGCAAAACAAUGCAUCAUUUGUACAUGCUAUAUAAUAUGUUAUAUAUGUUAUAUGUGUAUGUGUGAAUGUUUAUUCGGAAGUAAAUGGAAAACGACGAUAUAUAAAAUUUGGUGGCUACUUGGACUUUUUGCUCUUUUCCUUCUUGUCCUUCUUGUCCUUCUUGUCAGCUUUCUUGUCAGCUUUCUUGUCCUUUUUGUCCUUUUUGUCCUUCUUGCUCUCCUUGU